UGUAUGUACUAUACGGUAUUUACAGUAUAGUACAUACAAUUGGUUUUGUUUUAGUAAUAAUAAUAUUUACUUUAGCAUCCAGAUACAGUAUUUCAGAAACGCUCUGACUGCGGAUUUCUGUGUGUUUGCGUCAUUGUGGUCUGCCUAUGAUCCAUAUAACGGGCCGAUUAGAAGUUUAUGAGUUCCGAGGUCAACAGAAGCCAAGAAGAAUGACCGUCUGUUCUGGGGUCAAAGUAAGGGCAAAAUAGUUUAAAAAAAAAGUCCUAAACACUGACUUUUACUGUCUUUCAGUGUGAAAUUUAUGCCAUCACUUUACUGUUGCCUCAGCUUGUUUCACGCAUUCAUUGCUUUAGAUGUCUUUUUAAAGCCGGCUGGAAUAUUGGACAAUGGGUGACGUUAAUCAUCCAGAUCCAUUCAAACUUUGUUUCUUUUAAUGCUGAGGACACAUCUUGGGGAUUCCCAUUGAUUAGAUUGUUGCAGUAGGCAGGGAUCCUUUUUAAUAUGCUCUCUUCUAUGGCUGUAUGUGCGUAUUACUGUAUGUACAGGUAGUACUCAUCUUCUUAUUAUUUGAACACGUCUGCUUUUAUUUUCAUGUGAAUUUGACUAACUGGUGUUAGCUUGUGAAAGCAUUACGUGUUGGCGCACAUCCCAGUAGAGGAAUACUGCAUAUUUGUAUUCUUUGUUCCCCACAGUUAAUAACGGCACCUUCCUUAUGUUCUCUUGUAUAAUUUGUGUUUAAUGCUCAUCGUGAUUUAUGAUAGAAGGAGAGUGAUCCCUGUCUUUGCUGCUUUUGUGUGACUUCACGUAAAGACCAUUCAUUACCAUGUACUGCCUCGUUAUUGCCUUGGCGGAGGUCUGUGCUACUUCAGUGUUUCUUGGACGUAACACAACAUUGGAUACAGCAGUAUACAGUCAGGGGUUUAGUCAGGUCUUCCCUGGGAGGCAGCAGAGGUGCAGCAGCUUGAGAAAAUAAAGAAAAAGGUUCUUACAGUUCGCCAGUAAAUGGAGGCCAGGGUUAGCAGAAAACUCAUAUAUCAUACAGUACACUCAAUACCCUUCUCAGGGAGUAGCGGAGGCCCCGGUCGUAUUAUGUUUUGUGAUGGGAGGCUCACUGUGAUACAAUUGGAAAAGCCCUGCAGUAUGUCAUAAUACUAAAUUACACAGCAGGUGUUCCACGCACAUAUCUGAUACAAAUUUAGUGGAAUUCCGCUACAGUGCACCCAAAGGGGAAUGAAAGCAAAUUGAAAAGUAAAAUGUUCACUGCCAUGCGCUACAUCAUUUCCUGUGUUUGACUGUUGUUGUGGUGUGAUUUUACGUCUUUUGUAGUCCUUCUGCUUCACUGUUUUGCUCCAAAUUUGCACGUUCUCUCCCUCUCUCUCUCUUUGUAUUAUUUCUCUCCUUCCCGAGUUGAACCCAGUGAACUGCAUCCCCAGCGUGCGCUCCCUCCCUGCUCACUUCCUGUUUCACACAGGUUCAAUUAAGGGAUUGUUCGCGCAGCCAGGAGCACCAAUGCCAUGAUCUGGAGAUGUUAACACGCCUGCAUUUAAUAUCAAUCACAGCAUUUCUUGUUGGCUGCAGGCCAAUGUGGAUAGAGGGAGUGCAUAUGAAGAGAAGCUAUCCUGUCAGCAGCAGCAUAUAUGUGAAACUAUGUCAUGCUUUAGCUCAGGCAGAGAGGCGGGCUUACAGAGAAGCUGAGAUGAGCAUGAUGGAUGACCUAUCCGAAGCAGACUUUCAAAAAGAGGACGAGCCAGCCAGCCCGGAGCCUCCUCCAUCCCAGCAACAAACAGACCCCGCCUCCCCGAUCGUCGCCGUAACGCCGGAGCCAGUCGCCAGAGGAGACCAGGCAACGCCCAGAGAGAUAGAGUACCAGGAUGGCAGGGGCUUUGGCAUCGGCACACUGGUGUUUGGGAAGCUGCGAGGGUUCUCCUGGUGGCCCGGCAGAAUUGUUUCCUGGUGGAUGAGCGGCCGUAGUCGAGCCGCUGACGGCACCCGCUGGGUCAUGUGGUUUGGAGACGGCAAAUUCUCUGUGGUUUGUGUGGAGAAGCUGAUGCCACUGAGCUCUUUCUCAUCUGCCUUCCACCAGCCCACCUACAACAAACAGCCCAUGUACAGGAAAGCCAUCUUUGAGGCUCUGCAGGUGGCAAGCGUGCGAGCGGGACGGCCCACUCCUUCCUGUGACCCGAGUGAUGACGCGGAAGGGGUUGAACCUCAGACGAGACAGAUGAUAGAGUGGGCCAUGACGGGCUUCUUACCCAACGGCCCACAGUCACUGGACCCUCCUGAGGAGGAGCAGAAUCCAUACAAAGACGUCUACUCUGAGAUGUGGGCAGAACCAGAGGCAGCGUACACUCCUCCCCCUGCUAAGAAGCCUCGCAAGAACGCAGCCGAAAAAGCAAAGAUAAGAGAGGUGAUCGAUGAAGGAACCAGAGAGAGGCUUAUACAUGAAAUUAAAAAGAAGACCCGGAACAUAGAAGACAUCUGUAUCUCCUGUGGAAGCCUCAACGUCUCUCUAGAGCAUCCUCUCUUCAUAGGAGCAAUGUGCCAGGGCUGCAAAAAUUCCUUUCUGGAGUGUGCCUACCAGUAUGACGACGACGGCUACCAGUCCUACUGCACCAUCUGCUGUGGAGGCAGGGAGGUGCUCAUGUGUGGAAACAACAACUGCUGUCGGUGUUUUUGCGUGGAGUGUGUGGAUCUGUUGGUCGGUGCUGGCUCAGCAGCGGCAGCCAUCAAAGAGGACCCUUGGAACUGUUACAUGUGUGGGCCGCGAAGCAUCUACGGCUUACUGCGACGUCGGGAUGACUGGCCUUGCCGACUACAGCAUUUUUUCGCCAAUAACCAUGAACAGGAGUUUGAGCCUGCCAAGUUGUAUACUCCAGUUGCAGCAGAGAAGAGGCAGCCAAUCAGAGUCUUAUCACUGUUUGACGGCAUUGCCACAGGUCUUUUGGUGCUAAAGGACCUGGGCCUCCAAGUGGAUAAAUACGUGGCGUCCGAGGUGUGUGAAGACUCCAUUACUGUCGGCAUGGUCAGACACCAGGGACGAAUCAUGUACGUCGGCGAUGUGCGCAACGUAACCCAUAAACAUAUUGAAGAGUGGGGACCAUUUGACCUGGUGAUAGGAGGAAGUCCCUGCAAUGACCUCUCCAUAGUAAACCCUGCACGAAAGGGCCUUUACGAGGGAACCGGACGCUUGUUUUUUGAGUUCUACCGUCUGUUACACGAGGCUCGACCAAAAGAGGGCGACGAGCGACCUUUCUUCUGGCUCUUUGAGAACGUGGUGGCCAUGGGAGUCAGCGACAAACGGGACAUAUCACGCUUCUUAGAGUGCAAUCCCGUGAUGAUCGACGCCAAGGAGGUUUCUGCUGCUCACCGUGCUCGAUAUUUCUGGGGAAACUUGCCUGGCAUGUCAAGACCCCUGUCACCCAUGACGAAUGACAAGCUGGACCUGCAAGAGUGUCUGGAGCACGGUCGCACAGCCAAGUUUGAGAAGUUGCGUACGAUAACGACUCGCUCCAACUCUGUGAAGCAGGGGAAAGACGAGCAUUUCCCCGUCUACAUGGACAACAAGGAGGACAUCCUCUGGUGCACUGAGAUGGAAAGGGUGUUUGGUUUCCCUGUCCACUACACCGACGUGUCCAACAUGAGUCGUCUGGCCAGGCAAAGGCUGCUGGGGCGUUCCUGGAGCGUUCCCGUCAUCAGACACCUCUUUGCCCCUCUAAAGGAAUACUUCGCCUGCAACUAGUCACACAACAACUCUCUCUUUCUCUGUCUCACACACACACACACACAUUUGUGACAACAGGUAACUGCAGAUAGUACACAGCUCGUACAUGAAGGUUGGCUGACGCAGAUGAAACAGAUGACCAGACACGCACACACACACACACACACACACACUGCUAACAACUUCAUCCCUAGAUCUCAUAUAAAUACAGGCUAAUCUUUCUCCCCAGGUGCUACCUUGCUGACUUACACACUUGCUAGUGUGUAUAUCUUCUCUCUCUCUCUCACACACACACACACACACACACACACCAACUUCCACUUCCACAAGCCCUUAAACUGAUGUCUUCUGCUGUUUUUGCAUUAGUUACAGUCUCCACAAGGCACCAACACCAAAAAAGGAAACUUUACUAACGUGUAGUGAAGUGAAGGUGCUGUCGUUGCAAAUAACAUCGAUAUCCAAACAACACACACACACCAGCUUCAAAUCCGCGGUGCUGGCCGGUCAAUCAUGGAGGCCACAUGGUGCCACUUUCAUGCUCUCGUUGUUGGUGCUCUCUCAGAGGCGUUCCGGUCUCAGAUGUUUUGUUUUCACUUGCUGCAGUUUUGUGUCCCUAACAGAGUUAAGCCGAAUACUGUACUUCCAAGCGGGCACAUAUAUUACACCAGCUCUAGUGAGGUUGCCUGAGGCCUGGCAGAGAAGGAAAACAGGAAAAAAACAGGGUAACAACUUCCCUUUUGUUAAAAAGAUCUCAGUGGAUGAGUUAAACGGCACGUGGUGGGGGCCCACGAGUAACACUAUAGUAUGUUUUCCUUUUUACUGAGAUGCUCUAGCUGGGAAAAGAGCAAAAUGUACAUUCAGUUGAGCAGGAUAGUGUUGAGAGCCCCCUAGUGGCCAAAAACAGCUAGUGAGCUUGAGCUUCAUGGCAAUUUAGUGAGAUUUCAAACAAAAAGUGAUGCACUGUGUUUCUAGUUACUUGAAAAGUUACUUAAAAAAAAUGAAAAAUGCCCUUUUAAUAUACUCUAUAUUUAUAUACAGCAGUGUAGCCCUUUAAUUAUGGAAAAUUCUAGCAUUUGCGUAGCAAAACAGCAUUUUUAGGACUACUGAACAACUUGAACAUGACAGGUUUUUUUUUACAGCAUCCUACUAAAUGAAUACAUUUAUUGUCAAGAAUUCCGUCUGGUUAGGAGAACCGCUGAUUGCGUCUUAAAAGUAAUUCGAGUUCAAAUGGAGUGCAGUACUUGACUGCGACCAGCAGAGGUGCUGUUGACUCAGAACAGCGCAGCGUCAGCUGCGGGAAGUUAGGCCGCAAAACCCUUUCGGGCAGCAUUAGUCUCGUAAAUGCGACACGCGCAUGGAAACGGGAGUUCUGAACAUUCAGCCAGAGCGAUCCCAUUAAAAUUAACAUUCAGAAAAAUAAUUGCUAAUUAAAAUGUAGUUGAUUAUCCUAUUGUACUUCACAGUAGGUGUUGCCAUACUGUACAUAGAGUACAUGAACACAAUAACACUUUAAAAAGAUGCCAAUUUUAUAAUGUUUCGUCUGUGUUUUUACUACAGGUUAAGGUUUGCUGCUAUGCAAACAAACACACGUCGAUAUACAGUAUUUAUAUUUAUAUAUACAUAUAUAUAUAUAUAUAUAUAUAUAUAUAUAUAUAUAUAUAUAUAUAUAUAUAUAUAUAUAUAUAUAUAUAUAUAAACACUGCUAUUGAAUGUACAGUAUUGUUUGUUAGUGAUAAAAGUGGGUCCAAUUUCUGAUUUAGUCAUUGUAGCAUAAUACAGGAGGAUAACAUGUUCAUGUGUUGAAUGCUGUCCAUUGUACUUCAUAGAUAGCUCCUGACGUGACGCUCCGGCCCCUCGGUUUCUAAUAAUCUUGCAGCCUCCGUGUGUACGUCAUGUCACAAUAGAAACAAAGUAUUGUCUAUAAGUAUACUGUAGGUUUAAGCGUAGUAAAUAUAAUAUAUUAUCAUCGAUAAAUCAGUAGAUGAGUAAAGAAAAAAAGGUAACUACAUUAUUAUAAGGAUGGUGUUUCCUUUGAGAACUGAUAGUGCUUAGUGUAUCAGGCAUUUUGCCAUUGGUAUUGGCAAUACCAAGUUUUAUUAGUAUUGGUAAUAACAUUGCUGGUCUUGUUUGAUGUUUCUCCGGCCUUUUUCAAGGCGUGUUCCAAAAGCGGCUCGAGUCAGUGAAGUCUAGCUCAUCCAUCAAGAUUUUUCCAGCCUUCGAAGACGUAAUUAAAGGUCCCAUAUUAUAGUAUUUUUCAACAAUUUUCAAUAAGUCUCGUGUUGGAACUGCGUUGGCCGACAUGCGGCCUUGAUGCUGAAAUCGAGAAGUGCUUUUAGUACGCCCGACUUGGAACGCACCAUUGCGUGUCUGUAGCUUUAAUGCUAAUGAGCUGUGUUUGUCUCAUGAGCGUGUGGUUCCAAAAACACUGUAAUUCCACACUCGUCCAAUGUAAUAUAAUAUGCAUAAAACCAAGGAGUCAGGGAGGACACGCGUGCUAGCAACACUGGCAUGAUAAAACAUACAGCUCCCCCUGACACAUGGAUGGUUGACUGAUAGUUUUUUUAAAAUGUGUAGCAAAGCCAGCUUGUUUUUUUCUGUCCUCCGUGAUGUGUGUGAUAAAUAGUAGUCAUAAACGGGCUCUAGGGACACAUAUUCCUGUUAUUACAUAAUGGAGAAGUCCAUUUUGCAUAAUAGGGGACCUUUAAAGUCCAUGUAUAUCAGUGAAAGGGAGAUGAUUGAGUGAAAACAGCCUCUCUCGUGCCUCAGCUUCUUGUGCUCUGCUGCUUUGUUGUUGGCUUGCAAGCAAAAAAAACUAUUUUUGCAGCUCAGCUCUCUCGCUUGACUUAGUAGGGAUACAAAACAUUCUCUAGUUCUCAUCAAAAACACCCAGUGAAACCAGACCUCGACUCUGUGGACACUAUCUACGUUCUUCGACUGCAAGGGAUUGCCCUAUGUAAAUAUGACAAACAUCUUUAUUUGACUCCGUAGGGCCGCCUUGUCAGUAGUGGGAUCAACUUAGGCCCUCUAGGAAAUUGAACACAAUACAAGAGGGAACGUUUCUCCUUCAGUCUGGUGCUUUUGGUCCAAAGUUGACCGCUUUUUUUUUUUCUAUUGAAAGCCUUCCACUGCUCUGACCUUCCUCAGAUACCAGCUAACAACUGGACGCAAACACACGCAGUCGACACGCAAACAAUCACAAAAAAACCCAACAACAAUACAGUACAACAAUAAGCCAGCAGUUUUGUCUCUUGUUUUUCCUCCAUCAUGUUUACUCUCUGUUUAUACAACCAAACUUCAGGUGCUUUUUUCAACCAACCUUCAGGUGCUUUUUUCAACUCUGCUCUUUAAUACAGUGCUCUUGCAGGUUACGCAAACAAACACACACACAAACACAAACUAACACACAGUUGCUGGAAACACACUCGACGCGGUGCUGAUUUACUCGAAAUGCACACAUUGCGUAGUCACUGUGUUUCUGCAGGACGCCCGUCGCCACCAGGCCUUCUAUGGCACUGCCGGGUGUGACAUCAUCGCCCUGCGCCGCAUUGGUGCUCCCCACCCCCUCUCUCCCCACACCCUCGGAUACUGCAUGUCAGUCUGUCAGUGUAAUCUCAUGUUAGAUUAGAGAGUAAUGAUGAUGAUAAUAAUGGUAGUAUUAAUUACAAUAAUAAUCCGUUAUUGUGUGUGUGUGUGCGUGUGCGUGUGUGCGUGUGUGUACUGUUCCAGGUCGGUGCUCAGUUAAGCCAGCCUAGAGGGGAGAGGAGCUAGAGACUGCAGAUAUUACAGUUAGUUGUAGUGACUUUGUCUUGUCUAUGCUAGGACGUCGGGAGGUAAGAGACACUCUCAGACAAGAAAUGUGUUGGCAAAACGUUGAAAACCGCAAAGUAUGCCUUUUUUAAAAGUCACACUGAAACCUCUCAUCACGCAUGAUGACUUGGGCAAAUGUCGUGGAAGUUCAGUAAAUGUCGUGAGACGUUGAGAUGUUAGCUCAGUGAGCCUCUAAAGCAGGGCUGUUCAACUAACACCGUUUCAGAAAGCACAGGACCAAGACUUAUAGCAGGGGUGUCCAAAGUGCGGCCCGGGGACCAUUUGCAUGCCCGCAGCUUGGCCCGCGGCACAUUGCGGAACCAAAAAACCCAGCAAAAAUCAGCAAACUGUAAAGAGAAGAAGCCGAAACGUUGAUACCAAUAAUAAAACAAAGCUUUGUCCUUAAAUGAGGGCUGUCACGCAUAACGCGAUAACGACGGCAACUGAUUUAUUUCAUCAAUUAUUGUCAAUUUUUUUGCGCGAUUAACGCAGGCGCACCAGAGCAGGCACGCCUCUCUGUUACGACGGCAGACGGAAGCACAGUGGAGCGUCCACCACUCAGUCACACAGCGUCCGACACUCUUUUCUAACUUCAUGCUGACCUCAACACAUGAACAGCAGUACAACUCCAACAGCAUAUCACGUACAUGUACGCAUCUCCAACUCACACUCGUCUCUCGUCCGUUCAUCCUGGGAACGACACUUCCUCAAUCUCAUUACAAGACCGCGAGAUGCAUUCGGGGACACUCGGAACAUCACAAAAACGGCUUCAUAAUGUGCGCGUGUGUGUAAAUAAACAGGAAGUUAACGAAAAACAUGAAGUGGAUAUUCUUAUCACUCAUUUCGAAACGCUUCAUUCAGAUGUACAAUAUGCUACAAUUAAGUAUGCUGUAAAAUACAUUGAACACAAGUCAAUUGACCCUUAAAUUUCGUGAUGUCUUUGAACGCAACCCCUCAUUGCUCAUAAUAACGCGCUUUAAAGUGUCAUUCAAAUGCCCUGCUACUAUUAAAGAGACUAGUGCGAGACAAAUGGCUUUUUAGACUUGUGUGGUAUCUUUUAGCUGGAUUGACACAUUCAGUUCAUUUGGAGCUUUUAAUACAAAUAAAUAUAUAGAAUCCUGUCCUGUCAUUUACCUUUCUGUUCAUUAAAUACAGAAAAAACGGGCAUAUUUCAGACAUUGUUGCAAACGGUGAUUAAUCACCAUUAAUUAAUUAAAAAACUUUAACUAAUUAAUUUUACAGCCCUACUUUUAAAUACACAAAGUUUUCCUAAGUCCUUUUGACAAACUUAAAAAAUACCUAAAAAUAUCAAAGUGGCCCCCUGCAGCCUUUGAUUUUCUGUAUGCGGCCAUCGGUGGAAAAACUUUGGACACCCCUGACUUAUACCUUCAGUAGGGUGAUGCACAUAGAUUGGUUAUUUAACAGACGAGCAGAUAGUCAAAGACUGUUUAUAUAACAGGAGCAUCAGUUGCCAGUAAGCAGCAAGAAGUGAACAAAGACAUUUUUGUUCACAAAAUGUCCACGCACAUUACGUAAAUGCUCUAGUUAUUUGGUGAUAUAUAAAAAGUGGCUGUCUUUCACCACAUGGUCAUUUAUUAACCAAUGUUGUAACGGCAUUAACACCACUCAUGUGUAACCUGCAUGAGUUUCACACCAACAACCGAGUGGGGGCGCAGCCAACCUUUUAAAGCAUGCAGAGUUAGCCAAAGCUGGCGGCUGCUGACCACUGACGAUACUUCAAAAGCAGCUACUGCCGUCUUGUGGAGUUCAUAAAGAAACUACAUCAAGAGGUUACCCACAGCCACAGAGCAUCACCUGUGCAGUUUAUAAAGCCUGGAACAGAUUCAGUUCAUGUUCCUUCCCCCAGGGAAAAACGUCAACCUUCCGGGUUCCACCGCAUUGUCGAUGUCAGUCCUUUUCAGCCACUAACUAAGCCACAAACUCAAGAAUCAAAACGAGCAAAAGGUCUGGCAGACGAGAACGUCAUUUACAUUUCCAUGGUUGAAGAUGCGCAGCGUUUUGGAGUAUAGUAAUUGCACUUUGUUUCCUGACAGACCUACAUUCCUUUUAGCGGCAGCUGUAAAUGAGAUGAUUGUGUUGGCGUAAACAUGCUAAUCGGUCACUAAUGUGCGUCAUGUGAUAUUAUGUGUGAAUCAUGCUUGUAGGUAAACGUGCGGUCCAUUUCCUGCCAAAAUCACUGUCAGAUGCUUGGAUCAACGGCAGCCAUGUUUGUAUUUUGAUUGCGACUUUAUCGCGAACAAAGUACCAAUCGAAAUAAUGGAAAAAAAUGUAAAAUCCAAGAUAUAGACCAUGUAUGAAAUGCUUAUUAAAGGUUCGUGUUAAGGCUCUUUAUAUAGGGUGAGUGACUAUUCAAUGACUGUCAGUAAAAGCAUAUUUUUGAACAUCGAUAGCACACAGUUUAAGGAUGAAAUUGGUGCACGACUUGUAACCGCUGGUAUUUAAUCACAAAAAUAAUUCAUUUCAGUGAAGCCAGACAAGCUGGAAAUCGGCGUGACGUCGACACGUUUCUGUUUGAGAGUGCAAAAGGACAAAAAGCCCGGGGACGCGUUUGACUGAUUGACGGCUGUCCAUGGCUAGAGCCGAGGUUGUCUUAAGACUGCGAAGAGAGCUUCAGGCUGAGUGAUGCGCAGUUUUUUAACACUGAUAUCAGAAUCACAUAAACGAGAUACUGUUGUUCACACAUGAGCAAACACUGCACAGACACGUGACACAAACACAACACCGACAGACAACGAUGCUGUGGCGCAUUCAGACACUCAUCUCAAGGACUACAUGAACGAAGAUGAGCUUUUAGGUGAAGAGGAACUGCUGGUGUUUCAAAAAGGUGCUACAAUUGUUUUCUGAAAAUGAGAAGAAAAAAAAAUCUAGGAGUAUAAAUCAAGUUUGUCUUUACAAUGACUGUAUUUAAGUUUGUUGUAGUAAUGAAGAGGCACUAUUAUUAUUUUACUCUUGUAUGAAUAUGAACUAAUUAAAAGGCAUUUUAACUUUGUACUUGAACAAUGUAAGAAAAGAACCGUGAAUAAAAAAAAGACUGUUUCUUGUGAUUUAGUGCGUUGAU